GCGCCCAAGCAGUGGAUGCUGGACAAGCUCCGCGGACGAUGGGCGCCCAAGCCCAAUGCCGGUCCCCACAAGCUGCGGGAGUGUCUUCCUCUCAUCGUGAUGCUGCGACAGCGGUUGAAGAGGGAGCUUAACCUUCUUGGAGGAGGUUUGAAAAGGAAGAGAGUUCUUCCGAGAGAUGACCUCGUCCAUCCAGGAGCUCCCUUCACGCACCGCGCUGAGCUCGUGGAGAUGGAAAUUCGGAGGAGGGCAGGCCGCGGUCCGCGGAUAUCGACCUGCCCCGUGCCAGACAGCAGAAACGAGAAGGAGGUGCCUCAGCCUGCCCCUGAGAAGCUCCAUGGCCAACCUCGCGGAGGUGUCCAGAAGUCAGCUGCGUGGGAAGCAGCGACGAUGAUGGCGCUGGGAGCCCAGACCGCGAAGGUGGUCAUCAGGAGCUCAGGGGGGCUUCUUCAGACCUGCAAGACGAGUGGAGGUGGGGCUUUCUCGCACGUGCCACGGUGGAAGGACAGUGAUGGGCGGCGCGACCUUUCUGAGACCCUCAGAUAUCGGUCGCGAUGUUCUAUGGAGAUUCAAGGCAUCCCUUGA